GUAACCUCUUGAGACAUUGUGACGUCAAAUUAAUGUUAUUCCAAGCAAAUAAAAGCUUCCACAUUUAAGGAAUCAGCAACAGUUGAGGUGCAGACGGUGACCGGGUUGGUAAGGAGGAACAUCGGCGCCUAUACACAGACACUAGAAUGACCAGCAGUAUGGUAGCAACAUUGAUAUUAACGUUAGGCGUGUAUCUCGUUCUACAAUAUCAGCAUCACGCAGCUGUGGAUGCUGCCCCAUCCAGUUCUGACGUGGUCGCAGCUGGUGGUAGCAACCUGGAAGGACCUGGCCAGAGAGGACGCAGCCGUUCAUUUCUCCAGACACCCCCUCGAUCACCACAAUAUAUGAGGGCACGGUUGGUGCCCGUGGAACCCGCUGCAGACAUUCUGAAUGACUUUAUAAUAGAUGAUGAAAGCAUGGAUUUUAAUAAGCGACAGUCUGAUGAUUAUGGCCACAUGAGGUUUGGUAAACGAGAACAGUUUGACGAUUAUGGUCAUAUGAGGUUUGGACGCAGUCUUGAUUAAUCAAUAUUAUAGUUCCCAUAAGUGUUUCUUAAAGAGAAAUAUAAAAACAAAACUGGCAGAGAAUUAAAUUAGGAUCAGUCUUUAGACUCGAGGCCAUUUCGUUAUUAUUUAUAAUGUACGUUAAAAUACUGUUUUAUUAUUAAAUGUCAUAUAAUAUAAGCAAUGAAGUUUCGAAACCUUAAUUUCUUUCCUAGAAGCAACCAUGAAUGAAAAUUGACCAUGUUGUACACUAGAUGAUCAUGUUAAUUGUGAAACAUUUUCUGUCAUACUUUUCAAUUAUUAUACCUAUGUUGUUCCAAUAUCAGACUUCUUUGGUGAGCUACAAUAAAAUUUAAUGAAUAAAAAUAUUUUAAAAUGUGUC